CACAACAUAAACAUGGCGACGGCUGGAUUUUGUAUUCGUUCAUUUCGACUUCUGUUUUUAGUGUAUUUUGUAUUCCAAAUGUUCCCCUCUAUUUGUAUUGCACAACGUUUACUUGGACUCUAUGCUGCAGAUACCAAUGCUCACACACAACCAAAUGGAAGAUUAAAUGUGAAAGCUCACAUUCCAGUUGAGAUAAUAUUAGUGGGUACUGACCUCCGCGACCGUUGUGAGAUAUUUUUAACGCAAAACAACGCUAGUUGUAAAAAUGUUAGAAGAACACAGACAUUUGUUUCAGAUCCAGUUAAUAGUAGCACGUCUGCUAGAGUUGAGAUAGAACUCGAUCUUCUGGAUAGACUCCAGUACAUUUGCUUAAAGGAACAUACCUCCGAUCAAUAUAUACACCAAGGAGCAGAGGAAUGGUUAACCAUAAAAACUUUCACAGAAAAAGAAGAAAAUAAGUAUUUUAUGCCAUUUUGGUUGCAGAUAUCAAUUUGCUGUGUGCUACUAGUAUUAUCAGGACUUUUUAGUGGUUUAAAUUUAGGAUUGAUGUCUCUAGACCAAACAGAACUUAAAAUAAUUGGUAAAGUUGGAUCGGACAAUGAAAAGCAGUGGGCUAAGCGCAUUGGUCCACUGAGAAAACGCGGCAACCUACUACUUUGUACCCUGUUGCUUGGUAAUGUGAUGGUAAAUAGCACAUUUACAAUCUUAUUUGAUAAUAUGACAAAUGGAAUUAUUGCUGUAGUGAGUUCCACCAUUGGUAUUGUGAUUUUUGGUGAAAUAAUACCUCAGGCUAUUUGUUCACGUCAUGGAUUAGCCGUUGGUGCUAAUACUUACUGGCUUACAGUUCUUUUCAUUAUUCUUACUUUUCCUGCAUCAUUUCCCAUAUCGUUAGUACUGGAUAAAAUUCUGGGAGAAGAAAUGGGACAAGUUUACAACAAAGAAAAGUUACAAGAAUUAAUACGAAUGACUGCCGAUCGACGUGUGCUUCGCGAUGAUGAGGCUAAUAUAAUUUCUGGUGCAUUACAAUUGACUAAUAAGAGUGUUGAGGAUAUAAUGACUAAAGUUGAAGAUGUUUAUAUGCUUGAAGUAAACAGAAUAUUAGAUUUUGACACAAUGACAGAAAUAAUGCAUCAUGGUUAUACUAGAGUUCCUGUUUAUGAUGGUGAGAAGACUAACAUUAUCAAUCUACUUAAUACUAAAGACCUUGCUUUGAUUGAUCCAGAUGAUAAGACACCACUUAGCACAGUGUGCAAAUUUUAUGAUCAUAAGCCACUGUAUGUUGACCAAGAUGUGAAACUUGAUGCAAUGUUGCAAGAAUUUUUGCAAGGUGACUCUCAUAUGGCUAUUGUUCAGAAGUUGCACAACAAUGAGGACCAUGACCCUUAUUAUGAAACCAUGGGGGUAGUGACUCUAGAAGAUGUUAUUGAAGAAAUUCUACAGCGUGAGAUUAUUGAUGAAAAAGAUCUUGUAUCUGACAACAGACAGAAGGCACCAAGGAACAAGAGACAUGAUUAUGAAAUAUUUGGUGCUGAAGUUGACAGGUCAAAAUUACCAAAACAGCUAGCUUUUGUAGCAUUCCAGUUUUUGACUACAACUGUGGAACCUUUCUCUGAUGCUUACCUGGCGAGGAAUGUUCUCAUGAACCUGAUGAAGAAGGACAUUGUCGUCAAUCUCAGUCCCACAGACCCAGUUUCACAAAAAAACUACAUCUACCAAAAGGGAGUCGCAACAGAUAAGUUUGUUCUUAUUCUGCAAGGAACUGUUGAGGUUAUUGCAGGAGAAGAGGGAAUGGUCUUUGAGUCUGGUCCAUUCAGUUAUUUUGGAAAGGAAGCAAUCAAUUUGGUGCGCAAACAUGCUUCGAUGAAUGAGUUAAAGAUUAAAGAUUACGUACCAGAUUUUUCUGUACGUGCACUCACUGAUGUGCAGUAUUUGUGCAUUAACCGAACCCUAUACUUGGCUGCACUCCGCACCACCAAAAUGCUGCGAAAUUCUGGCAACAUUGCAAUAAAUGAAGCCUUUGAUGCUGAGUUUGAAAAGGUCAGCAAGUUGAACACCAAUCGCAACAGUGGACUGGAAGGCUUGUCCCCUUUAUUCACCAUGUCAGCACUUGAAUGUAUCAAAUUUGACGAAACAACAAAAAAACACUCGACCUCGUCCCUUGAUAGGGUGACUUUUUUCCCUCCUAGAAAUGACCCUCAUGAGUAUUUGUAUCGCAUGAGGCGCACUGGAUCUGACGCUAAAGAUCCUUGCGCUGGCAUUGCUGAAAACUUUGGAGCAAGAGCUAUCGGCCACAUGAAAUCAUCUGAUGGCCUGUCCAUUCCUACCAGUCCCCUGGCUGGUAAAAGGACUCCUAACACCAACAACCGUAAGCCUCAUUUCUUGAAGGAGUCUCUUGAAAAAAGUCUGGAAAACAAGUCGCCGACUUCUCCAGACUUUCACGUAGAAGGGGACGGCAUUGACCUUAGAGACGUGAAAACCUUCCUGCCUGAUGGCCAUGUGUUGAGCAGCGGUGUGCCAGAAACUCAGGACAAGGUGCCAUUGAUUGUGAUGAAGCCAGCCGAAGCCGAACAGCCCAACAGCAAUUUUUCCGCCACAGGUCAGACAAACUAUACCAACAACAAAGACGCUGAACGGGUUCCUCUGAUGAACCAAACAGAAUCAACAUUUGACAUGUCCGCGCUGGACACCUCCAUGUGAGGGUCACUGCCAAAGUUUUUAUUUAUUCUCUCCCUUUGAUGUAACUUUAUGUACUUCAAUUUUAUUGGGUUUUUAUAUAUAUUUGUUACCAUUUUUAAAACCGUUUCUUUGAUACCUUUUAAAGUAAAGCACAGAAAAAAGUUUUUUCCCAAUUAAUGAAGGCAAGUAAUCUUUUUAAUGACAGACAGCAAUGUGUUUAAAUUUGACUGUGAGUGGAUGAUCAAAUGUGUAGCAAAGAGCUAGAAGUCUACAUGCGUCCAGUUGUUGGAGAUUAAACAUUAAAAUUUUACAAUCAAA